GGAAGCUGUGCCCGGCAGGUUCUGGCACGGCCCGAGCCUCAGCGCCUGCCCGCACUGAGUCUAUAAUUAUUUCAAAAGUAGCGGGACUCGGCUGGGGCACCGGCCUCUCCUGGCAGCUGUGGGCGGGGCGGCUGCCGUCCGACCCGGCCUCGGGAUGGGUGUCCCCGACACCUCCAAGCCCCUGGAUGAGGAGCUGUACUCCCGGCAGCUGUACGUGCUGGGCUUGCCGGCCAUGCAGAGGCUCCAGGAGGGGCGGGUCCUGCUGUCCGGCCUGCAGGGCCUGGGCGCCGAGGUGGCCAAGAACCUGGUCCUGAUGGGCGUGGGCAGCCUCACCCUGCACGACCCGCAGCCCACCUGCUGGGCGGACCUGGCUGCCCAGUUCUUCCUCUCGGAGCAGGACUUGGCAAGGGGCAGGGCGGAGGCAUCUCAAGAACGAGUGGCCAAGCUCAACGGAGCCGUCCAGGUCUGCGUCCACACAGGCGACAUCACCGAGGACCUGCUGCGGGACUUCCAGGUGGUGGUGCUGACGGCCUCGGGCCUAGAGGAGCAGCUGGAGGUGGGCAGCUGGUGCCGCAAGCACGGAGUCUGCUUCCUGGUGGCCGACACCCGGGGCCUGGUGGGGCAGUUGUUCUGUGACUUUGGUGAGGACUUCACGGUUCUGGACCAAACAGAGGAGGAGCCCCUGACAGCUGCCGUCCAGCACAUCUCCCAGGGCUCCCCGGGCAUUCUCACGCUGAGGGACGCGGCCGAGGCCCGCUACUUCCGCCAGGUGGACGCGGUGACCUUCUCGGGGAUCGAGGGCAUGAGCGAGCUCAACGGCUGUGCUCCCCGGCCCAUCCGCGUGCGGGAGGACGGGACCUUGGAGAUCGGGGACACAGCAAUGUUCUCCGGUUACGUCCGCGGCGGAGCUGUCACCGAGGUCCAGAGACCCAAGACUGUGAGCCAUGCGCCCCUGGACGCAGCCCUGCUGCGGCCCCGCGUGGUGGCCCAGAGUCCCCAGGAAGCUCGCCGCGCCCGCUGCCUGCACCAGGCCUUCCGCGCGCUGCACGGGUUCCAGCAGCUCAGAGCCCGCCCGCCCCGGCCCUGGGAUCUGGCCGACGCAGAGGAGGUGGUGCGCCUGGCCCAGGCCCUGGAGCCCCCGCGGGGGGCAGAGGGCGCGGGACAGCCGGGGGAGGAGCCGCUGGACGAAGCGCUGGUGCGGACAGUCGCCCUGAGCAGUGCUGGGGUCCUGAGCCCCAUGGCAGCCGUGCUGGGCGCAGUGGCCGCCCAGGAGGUGGUGAAGGCUCUCUCCGGGAAGUUCCUGCCCCUGGGCCAGUGGCUGUACUUUGAUGCCCUCGACUGCCUCCCGGAAGAUGGGGAGCUCCUUCCCAAGCCUGAGGCCUGCGCGCCGAGAGGCUGCCGCUACGACGGGCAGAUCGCGGUGUUUGGGGCUGGUUUUCAGGAGCAGCUGAGCCACCAGCACUACCUCCUGGUGGGCGCCGGUGCCAUUGGCUGCGAGCUGCUCAAAGGCUUCGCCCUCGUGGGCCUGGGGGCCGGGGGCCGCGGGCGCGUGACCGUGGCCGACAUGGACCACGUGGAGCGCUCCAACCUCAGCCGGCAGUUCCUCUUCAGGGCCCAGGACGUGGAGAGGCCCAAGGCAGAGGUGGCUGCGGAGGCCGCUCGCCGCCUGAACCCCGACCUGCAGGUGACCCCGCGCACCCACCCUCUGGAUCCCACGACAGAGCACCUCUACGGGGACAGCUUCUUCUCCCGCGUGGACGGCGUGGCGGCCGCCCUGGACAGUUUCCGGGCCCGCCGCUAUGUGGCUGCGCGCUGCGCCCACUACCUGAAGCCGCUGCUGGAGGCGGGCACGCAGGGCACCCGGGGCAGCGCCUCCGUGUUUGUGCCCCACGUGACCGAGGGCUACAGGGCUCCGGCCUCCGCCGCUGCUCCGGGGGACGCCCCCCACCCCGUCUGCACCGUGAGGCACUUCCCCAGCUCUGCGGGGCACACCUUGCAGUGGGCCCGGGAUGAGUUCGAGGGGCUCUUCUGCCUGUCUGCCAAGACCAUCAACGGCCACCAGCAGGCCCCGGCCUCGCUGGCAGGCCCCGACCUCGCGGGGCCAGGGGUGCCGGCCCUGCCGCGGAUGGUGGGCGUCCUGCAACACCGGCCGCGGAGCUGGCGGGACUGUGUGGCGUGGGCCCUCGGCCACUGGCAGCUGUGCUUCGGCUACGGCAUCACGCGGCUGCUCAGGCGCCACCCCCCUGACGAGGUGCUUCCGGAUGGAACGCGUUUCUGGUCGGGAUCCAGACAGUGUCCUCAGCCCUUGGAGUUUGAUGCCAGUCAAGACACACACCUCCUCUACGUGCUGGCGGCGGCCAAUCUGUACGCUCGGAUGCACGGGCUGCCGGCCUCACGGGACCUGCCUGCGCUCAGGGAGAUGCUGGAGCUGCUGCCGCGGCCGGACCCCCAGCGCCUGGACCCCGUCCUUUCCAGUGGCCUGGCUUCCCCCGAGCUGGGCCCCCGGCAGGAGGAGUGGCUGCGCGAGGCCCUGCAGGACUGGAGCGAGGGCUCCCCGCUGGAGCCGCUGCGGUUUGAGAAGGACGAUGACAGCAACUUCCACGUGGACUUUGUGACGGCGGCAGCCAGCCUGCGGGCUCAGAACUAUGGGAUCCCAGCGGCCACCCGCUCCCAGAGCAAGCGGAUCGUGGGCCAGAUCAUCCCAGCCAUUGCCACCACCACAGCGGCCGUGGCGGGCCUGCUGGGCCUGGAGCUCUUUAAGGUGGUGGCUGGGCCCCGGCCCCGCAGCGCCUUCCGCCACAGCUACCUGCGCCUGGCCGCGAACUCCUACAGCCGCUACGUGCCCCGCGCCCCCGCCGUCCACACGUUCCACCAGCUGACCUGGACCUGCUGGGACCGCCUGAAGGUGCCCGCUGGGCAGCCCGAGAGGACCCUCCAGUCACUCCUGGCCCAUCUCCAGGAGCGGCACGGGCUGCGGGUGAGGAUGCUGCUGCUGGGCAGGGCCCUGCUCUACUCGGCAGGGUGGCCGCCUGAGAAGCAGGCCCAGCGCCUGGGCCUCAGGGUGACAGAGCUGGCCCAGCAGGUGACGGGCCGGCGGCUGCCCGGGCCUGGGCAGCGGGUGCUGGCCCUGGAGCUCAGCUGUGAGGGCGAGGAGGACGGCACCGCUCUCCCGCCCCUGCACUACGAGCUGGGACCAGAAAGCGGCCGCUGCACCCCACCGGGCUCUGCGCGGGGCCCCCAGUAGCUGCUCAAUAAACGCGGCCGCAG